GAAGGACGGAACUUUCAGUUCAGAAGUGUUGAGCAAGUAGUUCUCAUUGUGGCAGUCACCUCUGGGACUUUGGAGAUACAUGCUGGUGGACUGGCCUGGACCGCAAAACGUUGCUAUCCUCGCAGUUCCGGAAGGGGACAUGGCUUGUUUCUGAAAGUGUUGUCCGCAUCAGUAGAAUGUAAAUGGCGUCCUCCGGGCCGAGGGAGUUGAAAUGCUCUCGCAUGGUGAAGCGGUCACAGGGCAAGAAGCGUCUAGGUGUUGUGAAUUAUAGAGAACGCGUUUUCGUGCUGACGGAAAGAGCUCUCAGCUACUACGAUGGAAAUCUUGUGAAAAGAGGUAGUGAGAAGGGAUGUAUUGAAUUAUCCUGCAUCAAAGCUGUGGAAGAUGUCGACGUCUCUGCAUUUGAAAGGCCGAAUGCCUUCCAGGUCAUGCACGACAACUUGACCUUGUAUAUUGUCGCCUCGACCCCACCUGAGCAUGAUGAGUGGGUAUAUGAACUUCAACAGUUGAUCAAAAACAAUGUGGAUCUACUGGAGUACUACCAUCCUGGUGUAUUCAGCAGUAGUAAGUGGUCAUGCUGUCAUCACAACAGCAAGCAUUCACUCGGCUGCAAGGCCACCUUCAUUACGCGCAUGAAGCACUCACACGGCAAGGGCAGGAGCAAUACUGAGCAGCCGGGCAGUACGAAGGCAGUGUUACCUCGACUAGCUAUGGGUCGCACAUUUGACGUUAUUGCCAUUUAUGACUUCACGUCUCCCCAACCUGGCGAUCUGGGUAUGGCGAAGGGUCAGCGUCUCACUGUGUUUGACGACUCACGGGAACACUGGUGGCAUGCUGAGAAUUCCCAGGGAGAGACCGGCUUCAUUCCCAGUAACUAUGUGCGCCGCAUUGGUGUGGAGAGCGAGGAAUGGUUCAUGAGCAACAUUUCACGCCAACGUGCUGAAGGCAUCCUGAAGGCAGAGAACAAGGAGGGCUGCUUUUUAGUUCGCAAUUCUUCGAAGGAGGGCAUGUACACUCUGUCUGUUUCUCACGCCGACAUUGUCCGGCAUUACCACAUCCGACAGGACGAAUCAAGACAGUACUAUAUCUCAGAGCGUCACCGAUUCGAGACGAUCUCCGAGCUCAUCGAGUAUCAUCAGCUGAACGGUGGUGGAUUGGUUACACGUCUGCGUCGCCCGCCCAUGUUCGACAAACCCCAGGAACCUCCAACUCGUGACAAGUGGGAAAUUGACCCAACCCAACUGACUCUCGGUCGGGAGCUGGGCAGUGGGCAGUUUGGUCGGGUCGUACAAGGAACGUACAAAGGCAGCAUUCAUGUAGCCAUCAAGAUGUUGAAGGAGGGCUCUAUGGAAGAAGAUGAUUUCAUUGAGGAAGCAAAGGUUAUGAAAAACUUUCAACAUGCCAACUUGAUCCAACUGUAUGGUGUUGUGACAGCGCAGCGUCCAAUCUACAUUGUUACUGAGCUGAUGGCUAAUGGCUGUUUGCUAAAUUUCUUGAGGAAGAGUCGCCAACUUCAGGAAAGAGCAGACAUUCUCAUAGAUAUGACAAUUCAAGUGUGCAACGGAAUGAAGUUUCUUGAGGGCCACAAAUUUAUUCACCGUGAUUUGGCUGCGAGAAAUUGUUUGGUCGGUGACAAAUUCCAAGUCAAGGUUGGCGAUUUUGGCUUGGCCAGAUAUGUGCUUGAUGAUGAGUACACUGCCUCCGAAGGCACAAAAUUCCCAAUCAAGUGGGCUGCACCUGAAGUAAUAUCCUUCGCUAAGUUCAGCAGCAAGUCAGAUGUCUGGUCAUUCGGUAUCUUGGUUUGGGAGCUGUUUACCGGUGGAAAGACACCCUAUCCAUCAUUCAACAAUUCCCAGGUGCUUGAUCAAGUGUUGGAUGGCUAUCGUCUGGAGCGACCUCCUAGCUGCCCGGCAGAGCUCUAUAGCAUUGUUCAACAGACAUGGCUCGAGGAGGCUGAAGACCGGCCAUCCUUCGAGAUAAUGUACAAGCAGCUGGUGCAAAUUGGUGAUGACUACUCUGACCCAGACGCAACAGAUAGACCGAUGCUGUAAAUCGGACAGGAAUCGCUGACGAAUUCCAAUCACCACCAC